CAGAACCAUUGGUUCCAAUUCAAAUUCUUUGGUAGAACCAGAUUUAUAAUUAAAACCGAACACCUCCAGAACGUAUAUUAUUGGAUCUUGGAAGCUUUCUAUCCAUUUUACUUGUAUAUAAGUGCAUAUGCUUGCACCACAGACUUCACUUGGAAAAAUGGAGUUUUUCUAUGUGAAAAUCCAUUAUCCUGCUUCAACCAUUUUGCUCCCACUUUCUAUUUUACUUUUAUUUUGUAUUGCGGAGGCUAGUAAUGGAACAAUUCCAGCAGUUAUCGCAUUUGGAGAUUCAAUUCUUGACACUGGCAACAAUAACAAUCUCAAAACCCUUACCAAGUGCAACGUUCCUCCAUAUGGAAGGAAUUUUCCUGGAGGAAUAGCUACAGGAAGAUGUUCUGAUGGAAAAAUUUUCUCUGACUUAGUUGCAUCAGGUGUGGGAGUUAAAGAUCUUUUGCCAGCAUACCUUGAUCCAAAUCUGCAAGACAAUGAUCUUCCAACAGGCGUAAGCUUUGCUUCAGCUGGCUCAGGUCUUGACCCUUUAACAGCUGGUAUACAGUCAAUCCUAUCAAUAACAGAUCAAUUCCACCUCUUCGAAGAGUACACAUCAAAGCUUAAGCGAGUCGUUGGAGAAGAGAAAGCUGAAGCCAUCAUAUUCAACAGCCUUUUUGUUAUAUCAUCUGGAAAUAAUGAUCUUGCAAUCACCUACUUCAUUCUCCAUCUCAAAUCAUUGCAAUAUGAUGUUUCUUCAUACACUUCUUUAUUGGUUAGCAGGGCUACUAAAUUCGUCAAGGAUUUGUAUGGGUUGGGUGCACGAAGAAUUGCAUUUCUGGUUACAAUACCUAUUGGAUGCGUGCCUUUUUUUCGAACAGUGGAAGGAGGGUUAUAUAGAGCAUGUGGAGAGGAUUCGAACCAGGCAGCAAAUAUGUUCAAUUACAAGCUAUCCUCUGAGUUGAGUGUCCUUAAUAGCAGCCUUGCCAAUGCCACCAUAUUCUAUCUUGAUGUCUAUAAUCCUCUGCUUGCACUUAUCCAAAAUCCUCAAGGAUCAGUGUUGCUGUUAUUUUUAAAAGAGGAUUUAUCUAAACAUUUUUCAGGAUUUGAAGAGACGACUAGUGGGUGUUGUGGCACUGGAGAAAUAGAAGUAACAGCAUUGUUCUGUAACCAAUUGAAUCCAUUUACAUGUCCUGACACUUCUAAGUAUUUGUUUUGGGACUCUGCCCAUCCUACUGAAAGAGCAUACAGGAUCUUGGUUUCUCAAAUUCUCCAAGAGUAUGGGAAGAAUUUCUCCUGAGGCAGCUCAUCAAUCUUAACCUCAUGAUAUUCCACAUAAAUGGACUGUGUUUUCACUUAAUAUCCUAUUGAAAUGUCCGCUAUAGCAUAAGUAAUUUCUUGUUAACAUAUUGUUGAAAUCAAUCACUUCGAGAAUUCAAUAAAAUGAUUAUGUUGGCACGUUA